AUGGCAAGUCUCAAAACCUUCGAUGCUUUUCCUAAGACAGAAGCGCAACACGUGGUAAAAUCCUCAAAGGGUGGAUGGAGCUCCAUUCUUACUUAUUUAUUCCUCCUUUUCAUUGCCUGGAGUGAGUUUGGUAGUUACUUCGGUGGCUAUGUAGACGAGCAGUACGCUGUUGAGAAGCAGUUGCGGGAAACAGCGCAAAUCAAUAUGGACUUGUACAUUAGUACGCCGUGUAAAUGGCUGGAGGUUGUUGCAAAGGAUCAAACCAAAGAUCAAAAAUUCGUAUCUGAGGAAUUGUCCUUUGAGGACAUGCCUUUUUUCAUCCCAGCUGGUGUCAAGGUUGGAAAGAGAAACGAGCUAAUUACACCUGGUUUGGACGAAAUUUUAGGAGAAGCAAUUCCUGCCAAGUUUAGAGACCGCAUAGACACUACUGGAUUUGAAGGCCAUGAGGGGUUUGAUGGCUGCCAUGUUUUUGGCUCAAUUCCUGUGAAUAUGGUUCGGGGCGAAUUGCAGAUUACUCCAAAGGGUUUUGGACUACCCCACUAUGGCAGGGCCCCAAUAGAUGAGAUCAAUUUUUCACAUGUUAUCAAUGAACUUUCUUUCGGUCCUUUCUACCCUUACAUUGACAACCCUUUAGAUAAUACGGCCAGGCUAGCUGGGGAGCCAUUUAAGACCUAUAACUAUUAUGCAUCUGUCGUUCCUACCAUCUACAGAAAGCUAGGAGCCUCGGUACACACUAGUCAAUAUUCGCUGAGUGAGGUCGAGCAUACUUUCAGCGAAAAGGAUAGACGUAUACCAGGAAUAUUUCUCACAUACAACUUCGAGGCACUCACAAUUACGGUUAGCGACGAACGAAUUUCUUUUUUUCAGUUUGUUGUUAGACUAGUAGCAAUGCUAUCUUUCAUUGUUUACACAGCAUCAUGGGCAUUUAGACUGGUUGACAGUGCUUUGGUGCUUAUUUUUGGGUCAAAGUGGUCCCUUCGCUACCAAGGUGACAAUCGUAAUUCUCACGGAAUAUUGGAAUAA